GGGCGACUUUUGCGUGGCCCCAGAGUAUUCCAUACAAACGGAAAUUGUCCACAGAGGCAUCCAACGGCACCAAAACCACGUGACUCGGCGACCCACUUGACCCUGCCGCCCAAGUCGCGAAGUCCAAGAUUUCUGGACAAUGGCUGUCCACCUGGCUUGGAUGACCAAACGCGCCCACAACUCGCUCGACGCGUUCAAUUGUCCACCAACAACUCUGGUUCAAAAUGGCGAGAUCAACACCCAUACCAGCAAGAAGAAACAAGUCGGUCGACCUCUCGCGCAGCGUUACGCCCUCGGCGGCGGACCAGGCAGCUCCAGGACGCAAGAGAGCAUCAAAGUCCAAGCGUCGCCGCAGGAGGCAGCACGACCCCGCACCGCUUCCCGAGGGCGCUGAGGACUUUGACGACAUGACAGGCGACUCGAGUCACGAUGAGGAUCCAUUCAGCACUAGCUCGGAGGCGGGACCUAGCAGACUGCACGCUGUCGCGUCGACACCUAUCGACAUCAAGGGCAAGGGGCGCUUCAAUGGCCUCGAGUCGGGUGACGAAGCCGGCAGCGCCGUCAAGUCGCAGUCGCUAUACACGCCAUCAAGCUUCACGCCGCUGAGACGGUCCGUGAUCUUCAGCAUGGAGGUGCCCUCGAACGUGGGCUCCGAAGACGAGGGUGGCAAGGGGGGCACGGAACUGCCACCACAAAGGCUGCUCCCCACAGCACCCAGGGCCGCGAGCCCGGAGAAGGAGGAGGGGCAGAUUGAAGAAGGCGAGGAAGAAGGAAACCAGAGCGUGCUCCUGCUACCCGACCAUGUCGUGUUUGACGACGGCGACGACGAGGACGAGGACGGCGACGAGUCGAGGCGCGAGCUCGAGGAGGAUAUCGAAGGCGUGGUAGUGUUGGACGACGACAAGGGCAAGGGUGUCCCUCGGUACUUUAUGGAGGAGGAGGACGAGUUCGUUGCCAAUGCCGAUCAGAGCAGGCUGUGUCGCCGGUGCAAGAAGCCCGGCCACCACGAGUACGACUGCCCUCACAUUGUUUGCACGACAUGCGGAGCAAUGGACGAACACGAGCGGAAAGACUGCCCGUACAGCAUGGUGUGCUUCAUCUGCGGCAAGCAGGGGCACCGGAGGAGCGACUGCACAGACCCCAAGGCCAAGGACUCUUCGUCGCGUAACUGUCCUGAUUGCGGAGGCUGGGACCAUGCCCAGAGCAAUUGCCCGCUGCUGUGGCGACGGUACGUGUACCGCCGAACGUCGGAGCGUGACGAGGUUCUCGAGGAGCGCGCUGCCGCGACGGGCUGGGAACGCGAAGCGCUCGGUGGGCCAGGAGGAGACCGGUGGUGCUACAAUUGCGCCGAAGAGGGCCACUUUGGCGAUGACUGCCCUCGACCCCGUGCCAGUUUAGGACGGGUAGUGCGCAACUCGGCCUUCUCGGAGCGCACGGCUUCUCGAGGCCCGUACGGCAAGUUGUACCCCAAUCCCCAAUCUAGCUGGAGGCCGAAAGCGAGUGGCAACUCGGGCAACCACACCAGGUGGAGCGACUCGCCACUGCCGUACGCCGCUGCUGGCUUCAAGUCUGGGGCAGGCCAGAGCUGGCGAGAGCGCGAGAAGCAGCUGCAGCGCGAUCGCGAGCGCCAGCGUGAGGGCGACCGCUAUGGCGAGCGCGACCGUGGCAGCCGUGAUCACCGUGACCGCCGGCGCGACGACAGCGACCGUGACGACUAUGACUGGUUUGAGCGUGACCGCUCUUUCCGGGGUCGUGGUGAGCCCGAGCGCCGGUCGGGCAAUAACAGCCGUAACCGGUCCAGGUCUCCACCCUCGUGGCGAUCGCAGCGCGGGUGGGACUCUGAGCGCCGGCACCGCGACCGUUCUCCCGACGACAGGCACAGCCGACUGUCCCAAUCGUACCGCGGAGGACCGAGCACGCCUCAGUCGGCCCCGACGUCGCGGACGGCGCAUGGGCAGAUGUCGUCGGGCAUGCCGCCGGCUCUGGCGGCGCGAAUCUCGAGCCCCAGUUUAGCCGACUCGCCGUCUGCGCAGCGUGGCAGCGGCAGCCAGCAGCAGAGUGGUCGCGCAAAGUCGCUCCGCGAGCAGGUGCUGGCCCCCGACUCGCACCACAAGCCCGGCAAACCCGGCAGUGGUGGCGGCUACAGCAGCGCAGGCUCGGGCUCGGACUCGCCAGGCCCGGGCGGAGGCACGCCGUUGUCGCGCCGCCGCAAAGGCAAUAACAACAAGCAUGAGGGUGGUGCCUCGGAGCGUGACUGGGAGACCGAGUGGCGGGCGUCGGGCGCGGGCGGCGGCAACGUCUCGAGCUGGGGCAAGGACCUCGACCGCGAGCUUCGCGACGAGCGGCCCCGCGCGGGCCCGGUGCGCGGUGGUGGGGGUGGGGGUGGCGGGGCCGGAGCGUCGCGCUCGGCGCCUGCAAAGGGGCAGCGCUAUACCGGGGGUUACUAG